UAUUCGUUUAUCCUCUCUCUCCGCCGUCAUCUUCACCGCAGAGAACACACACAGACAUGAAUACCUGCAAAUUCCUCCGCCGCUGUUCUCUUUCCUGUUUAGAUUUCAGUACAACACGCAUCAAAACUUCUACACCAUUGUUACACUUUUCCUGCCACCACCGUCUCUCUCGCAACCAAGGUCUAGGGUUUAGGCUUAAACCCUAUCCGAAUUUCUCAAGAGCAUAUGUAUCCAUUCGAUCUGCCGUUUCGAUUGAAUCCACCGAUGCUGGUUGUACAUCCCCGGAGGAGGAAGAAGAAGAAGAUGAUGAUGAUGAACGACCUACUGUUAGAGAUUUAAUAUGGAGAAACACCAAUGAUGAUGUUUCCAGUUUCAUGAAGAUGGAACGAAGGACGAAUGGACCUCAAUCGAAUCGUUGGUUUCCUUAUUUGGAUCAAUUCAAAGCUGGAAACACAUUUUUGAGUAGCCGAGAGGUGUUGGAUGCGGUUGAUCCUUCGUUAAUGGAUCUUAGGAAGGAGAGAUUUAUGAAUGUUGUGAAUAAUCGGACGUAUUCUGUGUGUUUGGUGGUGGAGGGUUUAUCAGAUGCAGGGAAUGUUUCUGCUGUUUUCCGAUCAGCAGAUGCUUUAGGGUUUCAGUCUGUUCAUGUGGUGUCGCUCGACAGCCGGAAAAGGUAUAGAGAGCAUCGUCAUGUUAGUAUGGGGGCCGAGAAAUGGUUGGAUAUUGAGCUUUGGGAUACCACUAAAGAGUGCUUCGAAGUUUUGAAGUCGCGUGGCUAUCGCAUUGCUACAACGCAUGUGGGAAUAGAGACGGUUUCUGUUUAUGAUAUGGAUUGGUCGUGCCCCACUGCUAUCGUCGUUGGAAAUGAGGGCAGCGGGAUUAGUGAAGAAGCUUUGAAAUUGUCGGACAUGCAUUGUAGUAUUCCGAUGAAAGGGAUGGUGGACUCGUUCAACGUCUCUGUUGCUUCCGGGAUCCUAAUGCACCAUGCCGUCUGUGAUAGAACUUUGCGGUUGGGUGGUCACGGUGAUCUAACGCCAAAAGAGAAGCAAAUAUUACUUGCGGAGUUUUCUCUACGGCAUAGCAGGAGUUCGAUCAGCAUUGCUCAUGAGUAUGCAAAGCGUAAGAUUAGAAGUGAAUCCGAACUUUGACAAAAGAAAAUCUAAUCAUUGGAUCAAACGAAUCCAUUGAACCCGUGUGAAGUGGGAUCUACGGAGGGUAAAGAUUUACUCAGCUUUUCUCUAUCCCAAGGGGUAACGAGGUUGUUUCCAUGAUCUAAUUCGUCAAAUAGUACACUAUAUGUGAGCGAUUUUGGAUUGAUAUACUUUUCUUUGGGCUCGAAAAUGGUAUGAAUCUGGAACCGAUACAAGAUGUUUGGUUACAUGUC